AUGAAUAAUAUCAAUAUCACGACGUACGUUUUCGGUAAUACCACACUUCUUCCGACCAGACAUCUUGCAUAUCAAUGUCCAGACCAACGUGCUAUAACUCGGCCCUUGCUCUUUGUUCAUAAUUAUUCGUUGUUUGUAUUUGGUUCGAUCUUGAACAUUCUGGCGUUCUUUAUUCUCAUGCAAGGCUCUCUCCGUUGCCACUCCACAUUCGCUUAUCUGGCUUUUUUGUCUUUGUCAAAUGGUUUAUCAUCAUUAGUGCGUUUUAUCCGAUGGAUGUUCUCAUAUUAUUUAAAUAUUCAAGCCGAUCAUUAUCUCUAUACGUGUCGUCUUUCACAUUUUUCAUUGGAUUUUCUGACACAUUUUAGUCUUUUAACGUUAGUGUGUGUGAACAUCGAUCGUGCUCAAACAGUUACACGAAAUCGGCCGAAUACGAAAUUCUCCAGUUCGACAUUUCGGCGAGUGUUAAUCAAAGAACUGUUGAUUGCUGUUGUUUUAAGUGCCUAUCAUUUCCACUGGCUCGUGAAAUUCGGAUACGAAGUUAAUGAUGGCAAAACGAAAGAAAUCAUAUGUAACUAUGAAAAAAAACGAACAUCUCAAAUCUAUUUCUAUUUCCUGUCGGUUCUCUACCGUCGAAUUGAACUUUUUGUUUUUUUCUGUUUUCCACUGUUCAUCAAUAUUCUUUGUACGAUACUGAUCGUUCGUAGUUUACAUCUGCGCAUGCGCACAGCGAAACGUUUCAAUCCAUACCGUCGCACUGCUCGUCAUUCGAAGCAAAGUCAAUUUUUAAAACGAAUCCAACACGUAUUUUCAUGUCUUGUACCACGUACGACCACAAGAUCCAAUAUUUACUCAUGUUUUGGCUUUCGAAUUCAAUGUCGACGUCAUACUGAAUUACGUCUGAAAUUCGCUCGAAAAGAACCGCAAUUACUUAGACAGGAAGAUGAAAAUGAUUCUAACGAUCGACAGCAAUCACUCUCCUUGAACAAUGAUUUACUUUCAGACAUGCCGCAAAUAACGACCAUGACGGCAACAAUAUUGAAUAAAACCCAUCGAUCAAGACGUAUUCGGGAUAUUCACUUAUCCGCUAUGUUGAUUGUACUAAAUAUUCUUUAUUUAAUUUUUAAUUUGCCAUUCAAUCUCUAUCAGAAUUUCGUCAGCGACACGCACAAGAACCCCCGCGAUGCGUGCGUCGCAGCAUUCACUUAUCUUUUACUCGAUACAUUGCAACAAACGUAUUUCUCGACAAAUUUCUUCUUGUAUGUUCUCACCAAUCGACGAUUUCGAGAAGAAUUCACAAAUACAAUUAUUAAAUUGUGUACAAGGAAGCAGGAAUAUCUACUGAGGAAAAGUAUGCGACAACGCCGGGCACGAAGUUUAAGUUUAAUUCCGUCAACAGCAAUUAUCACAAACUUCAACGGCGAUUAUCAAGCAAACGUAGCACAGAAUCGCGACAGUAUUCGAUCGGAUAUUGAAUUAACACAACCGUCGACAUUAGAGCAACAAACAAUUCUUACGGAGGAGGGGAAUAGUACAUUUAUUUCCAAAUUAGUCGCACUUCAGCAACUCUCCGAUGAACAUGUAUGA